GGCAGCAAAUUUAAACAUGGCGUCUACGUAAAUGUCAAAAGUACUAAAUUCAUCAUAAAUUUAUUGAUUAGAAUAGAAAUGGAAACUUGUAUUAAUUAUAAAAAUAAAAUGCAUUUGAGAGGUAUUAUUUGAGAUUAAUAUGCAUUAAUAUUGAAAAAAAAAAAAACACUUUAUUUUCAUAGAUCAUCUUACGCUCUUUUUUUAAUCAAAUCAGUCUCACACUCAGAAUUAAAAAUAGCGGUUUGAAGAAGUAUUUCAUAAUUUAGCCAUUUUUCGGUAAAAUUACACAUGAGAAGCUGUAGAAUCCUUAAAACAAUAGUAAUUUUAAUUCAUAGAGGGUGUAAGAUACAAACCAUACUGCUGUAAUCUUAUUAUACCAUAUUGCAAACGUCUCUUGGUCUCGACCUCGAGAUAUUGAAUAUUACUACAGUAGAUUAAAAGUAAUACAUGAUUAAAGCCUCAUUGCCUCUAUAAAACCCAAAAAAAUCUGCAUAGGAAGAAAAUACAAAAAGUUGGUGUUGUAGUUUGGUUAUUUCGUUUUGCCCUAAAUGUUAAGGAACGUGAACAUGUCACUAGAAACAAAAUGUAUAAUAAUUGAGCUUGAAGAGGUGCAUAUGAAAGAGAAGAUUAAGGAGAAAUGUGAAAAUGAGACCUGUGGUGAGGCAGAGAUGUUACAUGUGAAGAAGGAAGCAAAGGAGGCCUGUGAAGAGAAUAUUUACGGCACUUGUGGUAAAACGGGGACAGAAUUGCUGUGUAAAAAAGAAGAGGCUGAUAAGAAGAUCCACGGAAUAUAUAUAAAGGUUGAGGUACCUGUAAAAGAGGAGGCUAUGGAGGCAUGUGAGGAUGAGAUUUACAGCUCAUAUGUAAAAAAAGAGACUGAGUUAGUGCAUGUAAAAGAGACGUCUAAUGAGGAGUUUCAAGACAUACAUAUGAAAAAGGAGGAUUCUGUAACUGUAAAGGAAAAUCCAGAGGCAGUAUAUAAGGAAGAUAACACUGUUUUAAAUGUUCUGUAUGUGGAUCAAGUCGAGGAGGAGUCGCUGCACUGGCCUCCUGCGGUGUCUAGUCAAGACAACAGAGUAGAGUCUCGUAUUUGGGGCCGGGCAUGCUCAGUCAAGCUGGAGCGCUUGCUGGUGGACGUGGAGCGGCGCAUCUGCUGGGUCGGGCCCCGGCCCUACAAGCUAUACUCAAAUGAGCUAUCAGAGCCCACCUUUACCGACACCUCAAACACUCCCGCUUUACAUCAAUGUAAAAAUUGUGGCAAAGGAUUUGGAAAUAAGUCUGCUUUCGCAAAACAUGAACAUAUACACUCAACAUCUGCACCUGAAAAGCCUAUGAAGCUUUACAACUGUAAUCACUGUAGUUACACAACUAAGAGCAAAGGCAAUCUACGCUGUCACAAAAAGCUUCACACAGGUGAUAAACCAUUCAAAUGUAACCAGUGUGAUUUUAAAUGCGUCACUAAUUCCAAACUGAAGAGUCAUUUGAGGAUUCAUACUGGUGAAAAGCCUUUCAAAUGCAGCUACUGCAAAUACACGUCCUCUCAUACAACUAACUUACGAAAACACGAGAAGACACACAAAAGGGAGGAACCCUUCCAGUGCAGCCAUUGUCAAUUAAAGUUUGCUCGGAAGGAUCAUUUACGAAAUCAUGAAUUGGUACACACUGAUGAAAGGUCUUUUAAAUGUGACAAUUGCGAUUACAAGGCUAAACGGAAAGCAGAUUUACGAGUCCACCAGAGGGUACACACAGGCGAAAAACCAUUCAAGUGCCGUCACUGCAACAAUGUAUUCGCAUAUAAGAAAAACCUUAAGAUUCAUCUGAAAAGUAAACAUUGCGACGAACAGCUCUCUCAAUAAAUCUGUUUUUGUUAUAUAGAUUGAAUACUACUACUUCCUUUGUUUUUCUUAUAUCAUGUAAUUUAAUGUGUCUUUAUGUUUGUGUUUACGAAUAAAAAUUAUUCUAUUCUAAUAUAUGAUAUCAUAAUCUGCA